CUGACUGCAUCCACAAAGAGAGAGAAACACAAAUUGGCAUAAAUGGGGAAAGAAGGGUUUCAAUGGAACUUCCAUCAUCGGAUUCGGUGGAGGGCAGAUUUGAAUUUGAUGAUACCGAUACCAAUUUCACGAUGAUGAUGAUCAUCGUCAUAUUCCAUCGCAUAUGCUCCCUCUCUGUUACUAUUACUAUUACUAGUAAUAGUAAUAUUCCUUUCCCCUCUCUUUCUCCCCCAAAUUCUCCUUUGCCUGAUUCCUCCCUCCCUCCCUCCCUCCUUCGCUCUCCCUUUCCCUCCAGACUUUUUGCUUUUACUUGCUGAAAAUUUCUGUGUUUCGGGGGGGAUUGGGUAAUCGAUCGAUCUUCUCCUGCUCUUGAUUACUGUUAAUUAAGCGCUGAGGAAAUCCGGUUAAUCUCGCCGGCGUCGGAGGGCGUAAGAAUUUCCGGCGUCGAUUGGAGGAGGGGAAGGCGGGGGAGAAAAUGCCUCCGGUGGGUCUAGAACGAACAACGCCCGAGAUGGCGUCGUCUUCUGUUGGCUCCCGGCGGUUCGGCGACCUCAGGGGCAUUCGAUGGCGCAUAGAUUUGGGGAUUCUGCCUUCGUCGCCUUCAGCCUCCAUCGACGAUCUCCGCCGCGUCACCGCCAAUUCCCGCCGGAGCUAUGCUGCAUUGAGGAAACAGCUUCUAGUCGAUCCGCAUUUGCCUAAAGAUGGAAGUAAUUCGCCAGAUCUCGUCAUGGACAAUCCCCUGUCUCAAAAUCCAGACAGCAUGUGGAGCCGUUUCUUCCGGAAUGCAGAGCUCGAACGAAUGGUGGAUCAGGAUUUGACGCGGCUAUACCCUGAAAGAGGUGGAUAUUUCCGGACCAACGGUUGCCAAGUUAUGUUGCGCCGAAUUUUAUUGCUUUGGUGCCUUAAACAUCCUGAGUACGGCUAUCGACAAGGAAUGCACGAAGUCUUGGCGCCGUUGUUGUAUGUCCUCCAUGUAGACGUCGAGCGUCUUUCGGAAGUGAGAAAAGCUUACGAGGACCACUUUGCGGACAAAUUCGACGGGUUCUCCUACCAAGAAAAUGACCUCAUGUACAAAUUUGACUUCGAAAAAUUCCCGGAAUGUGCCGGAGAUGGGACAGGACCCCAAAAUAGUUCCAGAAAGUCCAGUGCCGCCACCGAGCUCGAUCCCACUACGCAAACCAUUGUCUUGCUCAGCGACGCCUACGGAGCUGAAGGUGAGCUAGGUGUUGUCCUGUCCGAGAAAUUCAUGGAACACGAUGCCUAUGUGAUGUUCGAUGUCCUGAUGAAAGGUGCCGGCGGUGCGGUUGCUAUGGCCGAGUUUUUCUCCACUUCGCCGUACAGUGUUUCGCAUUCCGGUUUCGCCCCUGUGAUCGAAGCCUCUGCAGUUAUAUACCAUUUGCUGGCUAUCGUCGAUUCUCCCCUCCACACGCACCUUGUGGAGCUCGGGGUCGAGCCGCAAUACUUUUCGAUGCGGUGGCUGAGGGUAUUGUUUGGCCGUGAGUUCUCUCUCGAAGAUCUUCUGCUAAUCUGGGACGAGAUUUUUGCGUGCGACAAUGCGAGGAUUGUCAGGGACAGCGACAAAAACGGUGAUUUCGGAGCCCUCAAUUCUGCACGAGGGGCGUUCGUGUCUGCCUUUGCCGUUUCAAUGAUACUUCAGCUGCGAUCGUCGCUUCUCGCCUCGGAUAAUGCCACUGCCUGUUUGCAAAAGCUGCUGAACUUUCCGGAAGAUGCGGAGCUCGGGAAGAUGGUGGCGAAGGCAAAGUCGCUGCAAGCACUGGCCGUCGACGUGAACCACUUACGGGACCCUUCGUCGCCGAGAACUCCUCUGAAAAUCUUUCCGGAGAGCUAUUGGGAAGAGAAAUGGAGAGUUAUGCACGAGGAGGAAUCGCACCGUCGAGGAGGAGGAUCGUUGGAGAAACGGUUUUCCGGUUGGGCGGAGCGGGUGAGGCUGCUCGGCCUAUUGAAGAAGGACGGAAAGGACGAGAAUUCAAAGACGGCCGCAGUUCGGAGGAAUUUGUUGGAUGAUUUGUUGCAGCGGCUUGGACCGACGCAUGAAAGUGACGGGAACUCGGGACGGGACGAUGCCGCCGGUAGGAAAUUCAGCUGCAGUGGAAACGAGGGAAACUCUCCCGAUCGGGGGAAUUGCGAUGGCGAGAAUGGAUUGGAAACUAGCAGCGUUGCAUCUAACUCGACGGUUGAUGAUGAGAACGACUUCGAAUUUUGGGGGGCUCAGCCGGGUUGGCCUUCUCUUCCCGUCUCUGACUUUCCCGACGGAGGCGGAGAUGACGAGUCUUUCAAGUGCGGCCAAAGUAGUGAGUUGGGGAGGGAGGGUAAAAGGAGUAGAACUCUAUCGGGUAAACUUCAAUGGCUGUGGAAGUUUGGGACGAGCAACGGCGAGGGAAUGUCGGGAGCAUCGUGCGACAAUAAAGGCGACGGGAAUGGCGGUGGUGAUUCUGUGGCUGAAGAAAUCGCUCCGGGGUCGAGCGAGGAGGGGGAGACGAUCGACCAGAAUCUGAUCAUCAGCUUGCGGCGGCUCGGCCGGUCGAUGCUCGAGAACAUUGAGGUGAUCGAGACGGCGCUCGAGCAGCAGCGGCGGCCAGAGAUGAAGGGAGUGGUGGGAAACGGGCACGUGACAGCUGCGUGCGCGCUGAAGGAGCUUCGGAAGAUGAGCAGCCUUCUGUCCCAGAUGUAGUAAAGAAGGUGUUGGGUGUUUGUUGUUUCUGUUUUGUCCUUUCUCGCCAUUUUGGUUUGCAGAUUGAUUGCUUACAUAUACAUGUAGAGGAACUAAACUAACAAACAGAUUAUGAUGUCAUCAUGUAAUUAGUGAUCUUUUCCCCUGUGUGUGUGUGUCUGUCUGUCUGUCUGUCUGUCUGUACCAUAGAUUUGGUUUGGGCUAUUAUGUAUGCAGCAAUAGUGAUGCAUUUUUUGGACA